AUGCCAAUUGUGAAAUCAACUUCAACAGUAAGUGAAUCAACAACAAAUGAAGCACGUGAAGCACUUGAUUGUCUUCAUGAAUUAUCACAAUUACUCAAUACUGGCUUAGAUAAAAAAACAUUAACUGCAUGUGUUAGAUUACUUGAAGCUGGUGUUCAUCCUGAUGCGCUUGCACAAAUUAUUCAAGUUCUUAGGACAGAAACACGACCAACAAAGCUUUAA